CAUCUACUACCUCUGUAGUUAUUUCUGUUCUUUUCCUGCCUUUUAGGUACUUUGUACUUCCUGAGGCGGCUGGUUGCAGCAUAUUCAUAUUGUACUAAUUUCACGCAGAGCCGCAACCCAACUUCCCACCGCCUGCCUAAAGUGAUCAGCACCAGCCACGGACACCCACCACCAGCCACUACCAUGCCCCCCACCGCCCAGCCAGCCCAGCCGAGCUCCAUCGUCCAUGUUCUGCCGCUGGCGUUCAUGCAUCCGACCACGGUCCAUCCGUCUGCGGCAGGCCUUCCUUCGUUGCACAUGGAGUAGGUAGCUUGGCCCGGCGUCUCACAACACGCGUCCUUCAGACUUCUCUCUCUAUUCACGGCCUCCGGAAUAAGCAUUGAAGCCCUCUCCCGCCGCUGUGCACGGCCAUGGCAACCAAAGAUGGCCCGCCGCCGCUCUCGCUGCGGCCGUUCCCCGUGGCCGACCGGCAACCCAGCAACCUCGCCGACUUCAUCGCUCGCGUCAACGCCCGUCCGGGCGGCUUUCGCAGUCUGACAGAAGCCAAGCUGCGCGAGCAGAUCAAGGUUGAGGAGAACCCUGAUCAUGACGCGGAACAAGAGGACGUCGACAUGUCGGACGUCGCUGAUGAUGAGGAUGCCCCCGCCAGCAGGGAUCCCAACAUUGCCCGCAUGGAAGUUCUCAAGAACAUUGACUUAGCAAGCAACACGGCCAUGCUCACCCUCGACUCCCUCUCACUCCUUCUCUCGAAACAGAACCCGACACAGGCCGGUUUGACCCUUUCGCAGCAGCUUCGCGACAUGGUGGGCAUUGGUACUCUCGGCGCCGACAAGCUGGAUGAACCAAGCGCCAACGAUGCCCAAACAAAAGCUCAUGAGGAGGUUGCCGUUGGCUGGACCCUGAUGGAGAUCAACAAGGCCAGGAAUGCCGCCGAGGCCGCGAGCCUCUUUCUGGAGCGCGAGGUGGACACUGAAAGUAGAUAUUGGGAGGAGGUCAUGUCGGUCAAAAAGGCUGGCUGGUCCAUGUGUCGAGUGCCGCAGGAGCGACAUACACUGGGCGUCCGCUUCGGUUUCUCAGAAGCUGCGGCCGAGUUCAAGAACAACGGUUUAGCGCCCAUGCGAAGAAGUGAAGACGGUUCCAUCGAGCUUGACCUUGGCCGUCUUGGCGGCGUGUCAGAGGGCUUGGUCGUCACAUACGAAAAGGACGACAAAAUCGUCGGCCGAUCGGUCCCCUGGCGGCGAUCCCCAGACGACCCUUUACUUGAGUCCCGCGUGCUCGAAUCACGCAACACCAUCUUCUCGCAGGAGCUCUGGCAUGAGCUGACUCGUGAAGCCCGCACCCUCGCCGCUUACGAUGUUCGCCUGCAAGGGUCGCGCUUGACAUGUAAAGUUGACGAGUCAUCUAAGAUCACUAUCGAGCUAUUACCCCUCGAGGCUUGCCCGUCACCAGACGAUUCGUUAGCUGAGAAUGGGACGACAGAGAUGACUCUACUGUCAUUGCAUAUCCUUCUAAGCUACGCCCACCGUUACAACGAACUCAUGAGGACACGUCCAAUCCCCCCUCAUGUCUCGCGCGCCCGUGGGCAGCAAACCUACGCUCUUCUUCGACCCAUAAUUGCGCGCUUGAAAUCCAAUAUUAGCAUCAGGGCUUGCACAGAAUACGUCGGAGACCUUGUCGGAGCCCUUCAAAAGGCUGGCUUGCCGUCGUCGUUUACACUCCGCACGCCUCAGCUCUCCAUGAUUGAGUCUGGUGCCAGCGGCCCGAACCAGCAGUCUGGCGCUCAGACCCUCGUCCGCAAUAUGCUCCAGCCGCUCGAAUUUACCGUCAAGGUUGUCAUUCUCGACGACAUGUCGUUCACCAUCCGCGGGCGGACUCUUCUCUUCCCCUUUACAGCUACAUACUACCAUGUCCUUCUGCCGCCUUCGUCGCCGUUGCAGUCAAUGGCCGCUCCCUUCGCAGACGGAUACUCGGAGCUUCGCACGCUCUCCGAAUACGUCCAAACAGCUGUUGCGCGCACUCUCGCGAUGCAUAACAUUUCUAGGCUCUCCGCGUCGUCGACCAACUGUGAGUGGGCGCUGGAUAUCGUCGGGACGGCCAUCCAAGACGCCGAGGCCAAUCGCUCCGCGCUGCACUUUGCUGUGCGUGACGUCGACUCUGGGUCCACCAUUGUCCUCACGAGUGUCCCCGCCGGCGAGUCUGGCAGCAACGGUGGUCAGAAGGCGUGGACGUGGGCCAAGAACGGGAGCGGUAGUGAAAGCAGGACGUUGGAGGCUGUGGUCGAUGACUUCUCCCGCACGGUCAACUUGUAGCACGAUGACCCUGGUCCUGGACUCGGUCUACUCUGGUCUUCGCAACUUGAGGGCCCUCAUUUUUGGUGACUGACAUGCCGGUGCCUACGAAGAUGCGAUCGUAUAAUGAGGGUGUCUUGGGCAUUUACUUUUGUCUCAAGCCAGGCUCAUGGCCCUACUGGGCGCUUGGUUUUAGCAGAGCUCACAUGUUUUGGCGAGUUGUGCAGCAGGAUAUACCCCUACGAUAGUAACGAAUAAACGGUGGUUAGAGC